CUUAAAGUUGAUGCAAGUACUUCAUCAAUGUCUACCCUACGAGAUGGUGGAGAUGGUGGAGGUGGUGGAGAUGGUGGUGGCAGAGGUGGUUCAGUCAUGAGAACGAAUAAAAGUUUGUGUUCUUUGGACUGUGGUGAAAUUGGUGAUCAGAGUGUAGUGUUUGUUACGCCAUUUAUGAAAAGUAAUUCUCGUGCUUUUAGUGAAAAAUUACCUCGAUUAUAUUUAGAAGCUCUUGAUUAUUGUCUGGUGGAACACUUAUUUAAUAAUAAUGAGAAUCUUGUUACUUAUGGAUUGCAUUUUCUCAUUCCAAGAGAGGAUAUAGUGUCUUUGGUGCAUCCUAAUUUGGUUCGUUGGUCAAUAGUUGAUUGCUACUGCAUUUAUCUAAAUGAACCGUGUUUUUAUGAUACUUGUGGUCCUCAAAGAUUCUUUUUUGGUGCGAGGCAAAGUGUAAGCAACUUUUUGUUUUGAGUUAUUUGUCUUCUUACUUUUUUCAAUUAUUUAUUUUUUCCUUUUAGUUUGCUGUUUUGCAUGUAUCAGAGGGGAACGAAGAUAGUUCUGCUAGUUCUGCUGUCUCGGAUUUGCACGAAAUUUGGGAUGAAUGGGUUACAUAUGAAAAUUCUGGUUGUGAUGUUAUUGGUGCAGACUUGGUAUAUAUCUUAAUUUUUUAUAUAUAUUAACUGUUUGAUGGUUGUGCUUUAUGCUUACUUUUGUUCUAUUUUUUCAGGUUUAUUUUCCUAUUCUUGUUAAUGAACAUUAUGUGCUGUUUGUGAUUGAUCAUGGCAAUGAAUUGGUUCAUUAUGUUGAUAAUAUCAUUUGGAGUGAUGAGAUGAUUACAUAUUUUCAAAAUUUGACUUUUUAUCUGGUAUGUUAUUGUCUGUUUUAAAGUAUGUUUCUAUUUUAAUCUUAUUUUUUUGUUGUUUUUAAUAUUCUGUUUUUUUUUCAGUGUUCUGAAUUUGGUGAUUUUCUAGCACGAAGAAAUCAUUCAAAGAGUGAAAAAGUCCCUUUUUACAAGUUCAAAAUUGUUGAUUUAGUGUGGCGGAAGAGUAAGGUUGAUAAUAAUGACUGUGGUGUGUAUAUGAUGUGUCAUAUGGAGCAUUUUGUUGGUGAUACAUCGUUUUCUGUAGAUGAACUUAGAACAGUGCGUGAUCUUGAAACUGAUCUGAAUUAAUUCAUUUGUUAUUGUUUAUGCUAAUGUUUUAUACAUAUUAAUGCGCCUUUUAUUUUCUUGUUGUGAGGCUGCUGGGAGGAAAUUUUUAUGUGCUAAGAUUUGUGCAAAACUCGUGUUGUCUGACAUGAACGAAUCAAGAUCUGAAGUCUUAUCAGAAGUUGAAAAAUUUAAUGAGAAGAAGAGCGAUCUUUCAUAUGUUGCUGAAAUUGAAGGAAGGAGGAAGGCUGCAGCAGCGGAGAAGAAAAAGAAGAAAUCUGA